AUGUUGAAAAUAUUCUUAUUUCUUACAUGUGUAAGAUUGACAUCAACAAUCUGUGGUCCAAAACAAACCAUUUUUAAUCAAGGAAUACAAUUAUGUUGUCGUAAUGAUACCAAUGGUAUACCAACUAUUGGUAUUGAAUAUCAACUUACACGAAACAAUUCCGAAACGGUCAUGUUAACGUAUAAUUUGACACUUUCAAAUGUUUUAAGUGAUUGUCAAAGAAACACAAGUAAAUAUUGUUUGACGAAUGAACAAGCUGAAGAUAUUUUUAACAGAAUUUCCUAUCAAGAAGCUACACAAUGUGCUGAUAAAUAUGUUCCUAAUUUACCGCCAAUAAAACGAAACGCAAUUAUUGAUGUAGCUUUUACUGGUUGUAGAGUAUUGAGCCAAUUUCUUAAAAUGCAAAAAGCAUUACAAAUGAACAAUUGGACAGAAGCUGCAGAAGAGUUAAAAGAUUCAACAUGGUGUAGUCAAAAUCGUAUUCAACGCAACUCUUUUCGUCAGUCACAAGUAACUCAUUAA